CUCAGUUUGAUUCAUUUGAAAAGGGCGUUACUGGAUCUUGUAUAUAAGAAGGAAAGUAUGUUCCUACUGGCAGUGAUAGUAGCAUUUGCUACCAUCGUAUGUCGUUUCAGCGUCAGUAGUCAAAGCGAUGAGCAGUUACUAACAUCGUUGGGAAAAAUCUACAGCGCGUCUGUUACCAGCAAUGGAAAAUACUUUAGCACCAACGGAAAAGAGAUGUUUGAACAAGUCUCUAUGCUUGAUUCUAUUGCCCUGRCUAAGGUUGAUGCGCUCAGUGAAGCACGAGAUCAACUUAAGUUCCUUGCUGUUCAAACCCUGCUCGCUGAUUUGCCGCCAAAGUAUCAAGCAGCUGGAGAUCUUUUGGCGGUUAUUCAGUCUGAGAGAUCGUUUUUCCGCCAAACUAUUUCUAAAGGGCAAAACUACCUUGAGUCUGUGUCGCUGGACAUAAGGCAAAAAGUUUCACAGUUUGAAUCAAGUCAACAGACAAAUCAGGAUAAGGAGACAGUGCGAAAUGAAAUCGAAAAUCUGGUCAAGGGCAAAACAUCUGAAAGAAACGAACUUACAGAUGCCUGGCUUGCAGAUUUCAAUCGGCUUAAGGAAUUGGCCGAGUCAAACAGUCCAUCGCCUAAAAAGCUUAAAGCUUGGAAAAUCUAUGGCACAGUUAAAGCUCUCGUUAAAAGACUAAAGUUUGACACAAGACCUGGUAAACUGGUUGGUCCGGUAUCAGAUGUCCUGGGAAUAUUGAUCAGUGGAUUUGGCCUGGCAGAUGCUAUAGAAAAUUCUAAUACAAAGGGAAUUGUCAAGAGCGUAGUUGGCAUCGUUGGUGGCCUAGUUGGACUUGCUGCCUUUGGUUUAGCCAUGCCAGGAUUUGGUGCUAUAGCAGGGGUUGCUUUUUUUAUUAUUCCUAUGAUCAUAGAAGCUCUUUGGCCAUCAAACCUGGCCAUUGAGACUGCUAACAAGUUGUCCGAGAUUUCGCGUAAAGACAUGGAAGGCCACUUGACUCAACUGAUAAAGUUCUCCGCUUUAGGAAAGAAAAGCUUUGGGUGGAUGUACAUGUCUAAUACUGGAGUCAUGAUCAAGAAAGGCAUCCGGCCAGACACCCAAAUGAGGUUUUUCCAUCCCUCUUGUGAAAACCCUGGCGCCUCGCCUUGCAACCCAAAGAAGAAUAGCUACGAAGGGAAGAAUUACUUUAUGCUUGGAGAACAAAGAAGCUCAACAGAUUCAAGACCUGAAUUUGCUCUUGAGAUGCCAUUCGACUUCAUAGGUGCACCAACGGAAGCGAAGUUCUGUGGCAACACUAUCAACAUCAAUACAACACCAUUCCGUCAAUACCUUCAGUCCCUCGUACGGAAAUACAAAAACAUUGGCAAGAAUAUUGGUUACUUUCAUCGAAACAUCGAAAUCGACACACAAGUCGUGCCAAACUACAACGAUGUCAGUUUUGGCGAAUGGGAAAGGCCCUCCAAGCGUUCCUUGCUCCAUUCAAAAAUAAAAAGAAAGAUUAAAAAGUUACGACAAAUAGAUGAUAAUCAACAGACUGGAUGCGAACCUGAAAGUGAUCGAAUCAGUAUAGACGAGCUGGAUCACAUAGAUCCUAGGACUGGUAGGAUUACUAUCAACACCGGCGCUGGGAAAGAUGUUCUCUCUAUUAAUUCCAUGAUCGGGGAUGUCGCAAGCAGCAAGGAAGACUUCAUAGUCUCAGACCUUGGAGCUGAUGGGAACCUUUUGUCUCUUGGGGUUGCUUUGGGCAUUGGAAGACAUAGGGGGGAUCUUCUGGUUGGUGUCAUCUUUGACAACACUGAAGGCAAUGGAAAAAUCUGCUACUUGAAGGAAGACUUUGAGACAAAAAGAUGCGUGGGGCAUGUAAAGCAAGUAACAGUCUUCAAAGGUUCAAGGCUUCACGAUACAGUGAUAAUGGGAGUGGAUGGACCUUAUGUAGUAAUACAAAACUUUGGCGCCAACGAGUACAUCAUCGACGUAGAUGACGUCAAGAGAAAGCAAGGCUCAGUUGGAGAGAUACGCUUUGAGAUCAUGGACAUGAGUGGAAAUCGGCCGAUUAUUAAAAUCAAAAGCAGCACCCCAACACCAUGGUAUCGGCACCGAGACGACGGUUACAUCAUGGUUAAACCACAUGGAAUAGACAUCAGGGUAGACAUCACGGGGGCAGUGACCGAGCCAGAUAUAUACCUUGUACCGAUUGGUGGUAAUGAGCAAUGUGUGUAUCCUGAACAGUUUUAACACCUGGGUCUGUGGUCGAUAAAAGACUUAUUUUCUCUUGGUAUAAUGUUUUCCCAUUGAUUAAUAAAAAUCAGCUGAAUAAAUCCAGGCCGGGAUAUAACAGCCAACCAGUAGUUGGCUCAGUUGAUUGAACAUCGGACUUUUCAUGGUUUGAGUCCCGGGCGGACUAGCACUCAGGGGGAGAAAGUGCUGCGUUUAAUUACUGCACCUUAAAUUAAAUAUGUUUAGAAAGAGAACUAUAUAAAUCAUCAUUAUAAAUAAUAAACCUAUUGCCAACCUUCGGUGAAGCUUUAAGUAUUCGUAUCAAUCAGCUGAAGAAUGAGCGUGAAUGUCGCUGAAUCCGCUCAGUGAAUCUCGUACCAGCCUUGUCAGAGAGAGAGAGAGAGAGAGAGAGAGAGAGAGAGAGAGAGAGAGAGAGAGA